AUGGCAGAACAAAGAAUAUCAGAAAUCUUAUGGAAUCAAUUGGAAACAAGUGAAAGACCAAAACAAGAAAAGGAAAUUGUAAAUACACCAUCUAAAAAGAAAAAGGGAUCGACUAGACUAUGCCGUGAUUCACAGCAGUCACGUGAGAGUCCAGGCAAGCCGGGAUCAAAGCGUUACAACCGAUUCUUAAACACACAAUAUCUCAAAGAGGGUGGUAUAUUCAAGGACCAUGCCGACUAUGAGUAUAAUUUGGUCGACCAAAACGAGAAUCUAUUGUUCCAAGACAACAUUGACAACUGGGAACCAUACGUAAACAUUACAUACGAUCGUCAACAAGAAUCGGUCGAACCAUUUGUCAAAGAGGAAGAGGAUCGUCGUCGUCAACAACGUAAAAACUCUCGUAUCAAUCAUUCAUUCUCACGCUUACGCAAGGACCUAAGAGAGGCAUUCAAGCAACCAUUUGUACAAAACAGCUAUUUUAUCACCGAAGCUGAGCAGAGAUUGUUGGCCUUUAUCAAUGACCCAUUACUCGAAUCGAUAGAGGUUGCCCUCGACAUGCCAUUCCAACGUCUGCUUGUUCACGGACUUGGAUCCUAUUACUCGCUCUUUACCUCUUCCUAUACCAACCAAGACUCUGGUAAACGUCUAACCGUCAUCCGUAAACCUAAAAUCAUCCCACCAAUGCCAGAAAUGUCAAUCACUGAAUAUGUGGCUCAAGAACAAUUAAAAAAUAAGACUCCUUCAUCAAAAUCUAAGAAUCAACAACAAAAAAAAUCAAAUAAUAAUUCUUCUUAUCGAUCAAGAAGUAGAUCAAAUAGUAUCAAUAAUAGUAUCAAGGCAUAG